AGAUUAGACUCCUCAGAAGCUAAUUGACUAGGGAAGGAUCAGGGAGACAAGAUACACCAAAAGGGAGAGGGAAUCUACAAUGGAAGGACACAAGAAAGAUCAACUGGAUUAAGUAGUCAUGAUUAUGCAAAGCCACAUCCAGAGACCAAGGUGUAAAGCAGGUCGGAGAAAAUGGAAAUCUUUAGAUUGGCUCAGUCAAAAAGAAACAUUAUCAGUUUGAACACGGACCUUGAAAGGGAUAUGCAGAGAAUGGAUGAAGCAAAUCAGAAACUUCUUCUUAAAAUCCAAGAGAGAGAAGAUAAGAUUCAGAGACUGGAAAGUGAGAUCACUCAGACGGGGGACCUGGUGGAAGAUGAAGAGUGGGAGAAGGAGAACCACACCACGAUGGAAAGGGAAAGAGCCUUGCAGGAGCUGGAGGAAGAAACAGCCAGACUUGAAAGGAAGAAUAAGACAUUGGUUCACAGUAUAACAGAACUUCAACAAAAGCUUACAAGGAAAUCACAAAAGAUAACCAACUGUGAACAAAGCAGUCCAGAUGGAGCCCUAGAAGAGACAAAGGUUAAGUUACAACAGCUGGAAGCUUCCUAUGCACGCCAAGAGAAGGAGCUGCUCAAGGUAAUGAAGGAGUAUGCUUUUGUGACCCAGCUCUGUGAAGAUCAAGCCCUCUACAUAAAGAAGUACCAGGAAACAUUGAAGAAAAUAGAAGAAGAACUAGAGGCUCGGUUCCUUGAGAGAGAAGUAUCAAAACUUGUGAGCAUGAACUCUGUGGAAAAAGAGCAUACCAGGCAAAAUAAUGAGGGUACUCCUACCCAAAAGACAGCAACAUUUUUCAGUAGAAAAUGGGUCUUCUCCUUUUAGUGACAAGAUGGCUGCCAACAACCUAAAUCUCGUACUACCAGAUUAGCAAUCUUUGCAGAAUAAAAGCAUUUUCCAAUAGGUUCAGCAGUAAAGUCCAGAAAAGAUCAUAAACUGGCCUAUCUGAGGUCAACUGCCUACCCUGUCCCACAGUCAAUGUGGCCAGAGGGAUGGAAUACUCUGAUUGGUCAAGCUUAUGUCAUAUGUUCAGCCCCUUAUUAAGGAUUAAGAGUAGUAAAAGAAGAAGAACAAAGUAAGGGAAUCACCUAAACUAUGUGGAAUGCAUUUCUCCCAGUAAAACGGGCUCAGUUCCUAUGGAAGAGAAAAGGGAUGCUGGACAUGCAAAAGCAGAGGUCUACUUCAUUGUUAAACUCUGUGUCUUCGUAUAAGCAAAAAUUGUAACUUCUAAAGACUGUAGGUUAAGGUGGCGAAAGCUACUACAAAGAGCUCAGUUUAAGAACCAUGUAAAUAAUCAGGUCACUAGGACUAAAGUAAGCAACAAUUCUAAAAUAACUAGAAUAUGACUGAUAUAAAUUGCUUCACCAACUCAAAGUAGCAUAUACAUCACACCUCUUAUUUUUCCAAUUAAUUGCUGAAAUACUCACAAGCCUUACUAAUAGGAUAUACUCUACAUUAUUUUCCAGUACAAGAGAAAAUUAUUUUAAAUGAUAAGGUUUUAGGUCUAAAAAUGUCAUUAACUUUAAGAAAGCUGGUAUCAAGCAGGUCAUAUUUUCUAGGCAUUGUGCAAUGACUAUAGAAAUUAUAAAAAUGUGUAACCAACCAGUAAUAUCUAGCCACACGCAAAUUUUAUAAAAGAUCCUUUUAAUUAACUUCUCGAUUAAAUGGAAAAUCCAAACUGAGGUUACUUUUAUAGGGUCAGUUACGUGCUAAGGAGGAAGCAUAGAGAAUAGAAUGGUUGCCAGAGGCUGUCACCUUCUUAAUUUAAGGUAAAAAAUUCUACCCUAUUAGCUUAGUAUUAGAUGAAAACAGAAAUUCUGGUCACAUAGAGGUACUAUUCACUGCAGUGAAGUAUAUCUUUUCAGAAAGUUGCAUAAAAUUGAAUAAUAUACCAUGUAUUAAAUU